UCGCUUUCUGUAGCGCUUCCGGUGUCGAUGUUGAACUGCUUCAGUUUCUACACUUUUGUGCAUUUUUAGUGUGUUUUUCCCCGAGAGCAAACGCGACAUCGCUGGUCUUCGUGAUGUCCGUGUAGCGCGAAGCUGUCGUCGAGUUCUGUCGCCUCCUCCGGACAGGAAGUUUGCGUGUUUCCCACAUAUCUUGAUGUUUUACCUCAGCGAUGUUGAACUACACACAGACCCGCGGAAUCCUGGCUGUACUGAGUUUAUUCUGCGCUGAUUCCUGCUCGGGAUGGUUUCAAAACAACGGGAAGAAGAGCAGCAGGAGCCCGCAGCAGGAGCCCUCGGACAGCUGCCUGUGUCAUCUGACCGGUGUGCUGGACGACUGCUUCUGCGACAUCGAGAGCAUCGACGUCUUCAACAACUUCAAGAUUUACCCUCACGUCCUCAAGCUCACCGAGAGAGACUUCUUCCGCUACUACAAGGUGAACCUGAAGCGCCCGUGUCCGUUCUGGCCCGAUGACGGCCAUUGCUCCAUCAAAGACUGCCACGUAGAGCCGUGCCCAGAGAGUAAAGUUCCUGUAGGAAUUAAAUCCGGCAACUAUAACAAGUUUUCUCAGGCUGGCGCUGGCGCUGGCGUCCUCGACUGUGAACAGGCUCAUGAACUGGGCGCCAUCAACAACACACUGAGUAAUCAGAGUAAAGAGGCGUUCGCAGACUGGGCUCAUCACGACGACGCUCAGGACCACUUCUGCGGGUUAGACGAUGAGAUGUCUCCUGAGGCCGAGUACGUGGACCUGCUCCUGAACCCGGAGAGAUACACUGGAUAUAACGGCCCGUCCGCCUGGAGAGUCUGGAACAGCAUUUAUGAAGAAAACUGCUUCAAGCCGAGAUCAGUGUAUCGUCCUCUGAACCCUCUGGCUCCCAGUCGAGGUGAUGAUGAUGGCGAAGGCUUCUACACAUGGCUGGAGGGGCUGUGUUUGGAGAAGCGUGUGUUCUACCGUCUGAUCUCCGGCCUCCACAGCAGCAUCAACAUCCACCUGUGCGCAGAAUACCUGCUGGACGAGGGCUGGGGCCGGCCGGUGUGGGGUCCAAACCUGCAGGAGUUCCGCCAGCGCUUCGACCCGGCCGAGACCAAGGGCGAGGGGACGCGGCGCCUGAAGAACCUGUACUUCCUGUACCUGAUCGAGCUGCGCGCGCUCACCAAAGUGUCCCCGUACUUCGAGCGCUCCUUCAUUAACCUGUACACGGGGAACAGCGAAGAGGACUCGUCCACCAAAGCCCUGCUCCUGCAGAUCCUCAACGUCACCAAAGCGUUCCCCAUGCACUUUGACGAGAGCUCCAUGUUUGCUGGACAUAAAAUGGAGGCGAAGACAUUAAAGGAGGAGUUCAGGCUGCACUUCAAGAACAUCUCCCGCAUCAUGGACUGCGUCGGCUGCAGCAAGUGCCGGCUCUGGGGGAAGCUGCAGACGCAGGGUUUGGGGACGGCGCUCAGGAUCCUGUUCUCGGAGAAGGAGAUCAAAGACCUCCCGGAGAACAGUCCGUCAAUAGGCUUCCAGCUGACGCGGCAGGAGAUCGUGGCGCUGAUCAACGGCUUCGCCAGGUUGUCCACGAGUAUAAAAGAGUUGCACAACUUCCGCACUCUCCUGAAGGAUCAUAGGUAACCCCAGUGCCCCCAGUGCCUCCAGUGCCUGCUGUGGUGCGGUCAGGCCAGUGCGACCCGUCUCAGGGACCGGCAGAACUCCUCUCGACCCGAUCUCACCCCUCUCCGCUUCAGUGCGACUCACAGGAACUCUUCAAGCUCUUUAUCCUCCUCUGCAUGUUCAAGAGUCUGUGUGUGUGUGUGUGUACUUCCUCGUGUUCCUCUGUCGACUGCGGUGUGUGUGUGUAUUCCUGCAGAAUACUGUAUUCUCAUUACUUUUAAAUCUCUUAUUAAUCCAGUGAACAAGAACAUGUCCAGGUCACAUUUACCUCAAAAUCAGAAAUAUUUAUAUACACACUAUCAGUCAAAGCUUCGGAUCGGUAAGAUUUUUAAUGUUAACUUUGUUUAAACAGUAAAACAGUGAAAUAUUACUCCAGUGUAAAUCAUCUGUUUUCUAUGUGAAUAUACAGUAAAGUGUAAUUUA